UAUUCUUCAAUAGCUUACUCUGUUUUCACAAAAUGAAGCCUUCAAUAUUUCUUCUUCUUAUUCUAGCUUUAAUCACCGUCUCACCCUCCUCAUCAUCACUACAUUCACUCUCUAGUCCAUCCUUACUCUCAAACUCAUCAUCAGAUUUACAACAAUUCAGCAUAAAUGAAGAUGGAACAAAUGCAGCUCCUGCUCCUACUGCAGGUUUCACAAACUUCAGUUUAGUUUUGCAAUUUUCUAAAUCGUUAUGCAACUUUCCAGCUUAUAACAAGAAAUGUGACAAAAAAUGGAAAGAGGACUUGCCCAAUAGGUUUACAAUACAUGGCCUUUGGCUGAAUUUUGGUCGAAACCCUAAGCCUGCUCCUCCGAGUCCACGCAAAGAUAUCGAAUUAUCCAAGUUGCUAAAUGAAAGAGUUCUAGUCAAUAAACUGUACAAUGAUUGGUUAUAUGCUUAUUUCGUCCCAAGUGGUAAUGGUCCAAAGGAAGUUGACAGGAAGACCUCAGUGUGGAGAUUUUGGACCCAUGAAUGGGAUAAUCACGGAGUUUUCUCUCAACUUUCCACUGUAGACUACUUUCGCAACACGGACAAUCUCUUCGACCAGUUAGGAGACAUUUAUGGCCAAUUUGCUCAACUGGGAUUAAUUGUAAAGGGAGAGAUUAAUGUCACCCAGGCUUCUGAAGUUCUAACACGGGAACUCGGAGUAAAACCCUUAAUGAAAUGCCUAUUUAACAGUAAAGGUGACCAACUGUUGUUUGAGAUCCAGGUUACCAUCCGCAAAGGAGAUCUGGCUAGGCUUCAUCAUUCUCAGUCUCCGCUGAAAGGGCACAACUGCACCGGCCAUAUGGCUGGUCUCAAGAUAUAGGGUUCUCUUAUGGCAUGAAAAAAACAUGUAGUAUGUGGGUCUUUAGUAGUAAGUAAGUUUGGGAUAAGAAUAAAGAAGCAUGUACCGGCUUGGCUGAAAAAUUGGAUGUUGUCUUUUCUGUAAUUUUUCCAAGUUUAAUGUCAGAAAAAAUAUAUCUUUCUUCUUGUUAAUUCUCUUGUGCUUAAAUUUUCAUUGGUCUUUAACUCACCACACUACAAAACAAACGUUCGCCAACAACCACAGUUAGCAUCUAAGAUUGGUCAAUUGUUGCCAUUGCUGACAAGCAAACACUGUAAGUCGUGAUUAUCAACCCGGUUUCCUUUUCCCCAAUCUCCAUCGAAUCGCUGUGGAUGGAUUUAUUGAUUGAUGGCCUUGUCAGGUCUUGCACCUGAUAUCUAUGCCUUGUCUUGACCCAAUUGUUAAAUGAAGAUUCAGUGCAUUGUGGAUCAAGAACUUAAG